GGAAAUGAUUCUCAGAGGGUACACUUCCAGUUACCAUGAUAAGUGGGACUAGCAAAGUUCACAGUGAUGAUCCUGGAGAAUUACGGUGUGCGGAGUGCUAAUUCCACAAUUCCAUCAUCUCCAAAAUCUCUGGCAUUUGCAGUACAACAGUGCGACGAAACUUGUUCCUAUCGACUACAUGUUGGCUGCACACAGAACACGGUGGAAUAAUCUCUUCAGUGUAAUAACGGGCCAACAGCUUCCAGUGUUAUCCCCUGCAACUUUGCCAGUAUAUGUAUGGUCUUCAUGCCUAGGUGGAGUAGGCUUGUUUUUCCAGAUAUCUAGAUGGCACAGAAGAUGUUUGAAACUACGAGCAGCCAACUAUAUACACAUAGAAAGUCCCAUCAAGCAUCCUGCUUGAUGCACUGCAACUUCCGUGACUCCCCAGCAGCAGGAUUGUCCCCAAAUUGACACGUUUCUGAAGGCGUAAAUGCCUGCUAUUUCCCUAAAUAUCCUGCCUGAGUAUUUCAACCUUACAGGGAGCUGAAGCAAGAGACCCACCAGCACUCUGAGUAUGGCCCCCUUACUCCAUACUAUGGAGGAGUGAAAGCACCAAGUCAAUACCUCUCAGAGAUUGGGAAAGAUAUACGGAUCCACUUUCUCUUUGCCGCUGCAGAAC